GCAUGCAGCAGCGAGCAGCUAGCUAGCUACCCGGACUCCCGGAGCUGCUGUGCGGCCUGGUGAGCUACCACCACCACCACACACACACCGACAGACCAUACACAGCGCGCGCGCAUACACCCGGAUCGGACAGGCCAGGCAAGGCCUCCUGGACCAUUAAUCCGCCCCCGGAGAUACCUAGAUGAUCCCGUACGCGACGGCGGCGGAGGCGGAGGCGGCGCUGGGGCGCGCCAUGACGUGGGCGGAGGCGGCGUGGUUCCGCUACUCGGCGGCCACGCCGGACUACUGCCUCUACUGCCACAACGUGGUGAUCCUGCUGGUGGUGUACACGCUGGCGCCGCUCCCCCUGGCGCUGCUGGAGCUCCGGGCGCCGCCCAAGCUCACCUCGCCGUACAAGGUGCAGCCCCGGGUGCGGCUCACGGCGCCCGAGUUCCUCCGCUGCUACAAGGACACGGCGCGCGUGCUGCUCCUCACCGUCGGCGCGCUCCAGCUCGUCUCCUACCCAGCCGUCAAGAUGGUUGGGAUCCGGACGGGCCUGCCUCUGCCGUCGGUGGGGGAGGCGGCGGCGCAGCUGCUGGUGUACUUUUUGGUGGAGGACUACCUGGGGUACUGGUUCCACCGGCUGCUGCACACGGCGUGGGGCUACGACAAGAUCCACCGCGUCCACCACGAGUACGCGGCGCCCAUCGGCUACGCGGCGCCGUACGCGCACUGGGCGGAGGUGCUCAUCCUCGGCGUGCCCGCCUUCGCAGGCCCGGCCAUGGUGCCCUGCCACAUGACCACCUUCUGGCUCUGGUUCGUCCUCCGACACGUCGAGGCCGUCGACACGCACAGCGGCUUCGCCUUCCCCUUCAACCCCACCAAGUUCAUACCCUUCUACGGCGGCGCAGAGUACCACGACUACCAUCACUACGUGGGGAGGCAGAGCCAGAGCAACUUCGCAUCCGUUUUCACAUUCUGUGACUACAUCUACGGAACGGAUAAAGGUUACAGAUACCAUAAGCAGGCGGCGAGCUUAGCCAAGAUGAAGAGAGACAUGGCGAUGUACAAUAAUGAGAAAGGACGCCUUGCUGCAUUCGACGGCUGGAAGCAAGAUUAGAUGACAACCUAUUAAUUCAGUGCCAAGCUAGCACCGUAGGCAGCAGUGCUAGCUAGUGCCCAUCACGGACCAUGUGGACGUCGUAUGUAUGUCCAGAUCCGAUCCAUAAAUCAUCAGGAAGGAUGAUGUACCAUAACUUUCCCAUUUUUGGAACCAUAUAUCUAUAUAUAUUUAUAUACGCAACCAACCAACA